AGCGGAUCCUGGGGGCGGGGACGGAGCCCGGGCGGGCGGGACUGGAGCAGAGCCCGGGAACGGGGCGGGAGGUCCCAGGGCCCCGGGUUGGGGGGUGGAGCCGCACUUCGUCGCCGCGGGGGUGCCGGGACUCCGGCCGCAGUGCCGCCGCCAUCACGGACUUCCUGUGGGACAAGCGCACGGGCCUCGCCGCCAGAACGAACUCAGGAUGGCACAGCUGCAUAUCUUAGAUGCAGCAGAGAUGAACUGUGGCAAUAUUUAUCAGUCACACACUUGUCAUCUGUCAUGAACUGUGGCUCAGACCUGAAGGUCUUCAUGGAGCCAUGUUUGAGAUGCCUCAUCCCCGAAGGUACCAUUCCUCAGAGCGCGGUAGCCGGGGGAGUUACCACGAACAUUAUCGGAGCCGAAAGCAUAAGCGAAGAAGAAGUCGCUCCUGGUCAAGUAGCAGUGACCGGACGAGGCGGCGGCGGAGAGAGGACAGCUAUCAUGUUCGGUCCCGAAGCAGCUAUGAUGAUCAUUCAUCUGACCGGCGGGUAUAUGAGCGCCGGUACUGUGGCAGCUACAGGCACAAUGACUAUAGCCGGGACCGAGGAGAGGCCUACUACGACACAGACUUCCGGCAUUCCUAUGAGUACCAUCGGGAGAACAGCAGUUACCGAAGCCAGCGCAGCAGCCGCAGGAAACACCGACGGCGGAGGAGACGGAGCCGCACGUUCAGCCGCUCAUCUUCACAGCACAGCAGCCGGAGAGCCAAGAGUGUAGAGGACGACGCUGAGGGCCACCUCAUCUACCACGUCGGGGACUGGCUACAAGAGCGAUAUGAGAUUGUAAGCACCUUAGGAGAAGGGACCUUUGGCCGUGUCGUGCAGUGUGUGGACCAUCGCAGGGGCGGAGCAAGAGUUGCCCUGAAGAUCAUUAAGAACGUGGAGAAGUACAAGGAAGCGGCACGACUGGAGAUCAACGUGCUGGAGAAAAUCAACGAGAAAGACCCUGACAACAAGAACCUCUGUGUCCAGAUGUUUGACUGGUUUGACUUCCAUGGCCACAUGUGCAUCUCCUUUGAGCUUCUGGGCCUUAGCACCUUCGAUUUCCUCAAAGACAACAACUACCUGCCCUACCCCAUCCACCAAGUGCGCCACAUGGCCUUCCAGCUCUGCCAGGCCGUCAAGUUCCUCCAUGAUAACAAGUUGACACAUACGGACCUCAAACCUGAAAAUAUUCUGUUUGUGAAUUCAGACUACGAACUCACCUACAACCUAGAGAAGAAGCGAGAUGAGCGCAGUGUGAAGAGCACAGCUGUGCGGGUGGUGGACUUCGGCAGUGCCACCUUUGACCAUGAACACCAUAGCACCAUUGUCUCCACUCGCCAUUACCGAGCCCCAGAGGUCAUCCUCGAGCUGGGCUGGUCACAACCGUGUGAUGUGUGGAGCAUAGGCUGCAUCACCUUUGAGUACUACGUCGGCUUCACCCUCUUCCAGACCCAUGACAACAGAGAACAUCUAGCCAUGAUGGAAAGGAUCCUGGGUCCUAUCCCUUCUCGGAUGAUCCGAAAGACAAGAAAACAGAAAUAUUUUUAUCGGGGUCGCCUGGAUUGGGAUGAGAACACAUCGGCUGGGCGCUACGUUCGUGAAAACUGCAAGCCACUGCGGGACCCGGCUGUGAUCCAGCACCGACCCAACCAGCAGUAUGCCACGCUUGAUGUCUACAACCCUUUUGAGAACCGAGAGCCCCCACCAGCCUAUGAGCCUCCUGCUCCAGUCCCAGCCCCGCUGCCUCCACCUUCAGCUCCCUCUGUACAGCCCUCGAGAAAGCUCAGCCCCACAGAGCCCAAGAACUACGGCUCCUACAGCACCCAGGCUUCUGCCGCAGCAGCCACCGCUGAGCUACUCAAGAAGCAGGAGGAGCUCAACCGGAAGGCAGAGGAGUUGGACCGCCGGGAGCGAGAGCUGCAGCAUGUUGCCCUGGGAGGCACAGCUCGACAGAACAACUGGCCUCCCCUACCAUCUUUUUGCCCAGUUCAGCCUUGCUUUUUCCAGGACAUCUCCAUGGAGAUCCCCCAAGAAUUUCAGAAGACAGUAUCCACCAUGUACUACCUCUGGAUGUGCAGCACUUUGGCUCUUCUCCUGAACUUCCUAGCCUGCCUGGCCAGGUUCUGUGUGGACGCCAGCAGCGGCUCAGGCUUUGGACUGUCCAUGCUCUGGCUCCUCCUUUUCACUCCCUGCUCCUUUGUCUGCUGGUACCGCCCGAUGUAUAAGGCCUUCCGGAGUGACAGUUCAUUCAAUUUCUUCGUUUUUUUCUUCAUUUUCUUCGUCCAGGAUGUGUUCUUUGUCCUCCAGGCCAUUGGCAUCCCAGGGUGGGGCUUCAGUGGCUGGGUCUCUGCCAUCGUGGUGCUGAGAAACAACACAGUGGUGGCUGUGCUCAUGCUGCUGGUUGCCCUGCUCUUCACCGGUGUCGCUGUGCUGGGAAUUGUGAUGCUGAAGCGGAUCCAUUCCUUGUACCGCCGAACGGGCGCCAGCUUCCAGAAAGCCCAGCAAGAAUUUGCUGCUGGUGUCUUCUCCAACCCAGCGGUUCGAACUGCCGCUGCCAAUGCAGCUGCAGGGGCUGCUGAAAAUGCCUUCAGGGCCCCAUGACCGCCACUGGGAGGCCCUGACCCUGCCACCUGUGGGAACUAAGAUAGUCCCUGUCCCUGAAGUCUCUGGGAUUCAGGGAGGCAUUGCUACUUAAUGACUUCUAUGGGGCUCUUAAUUCCACAGCCAUGAGGCCAAGCCUGAGUCGGAGGUGUGGGAGCCCACUGCGACUCGGUCAUUACUUGCCUUUGUCCCCCAUCUGACAACACGCCGCGCCUCUCACACACCCCAAGCCCAGUUUCCCUGCUGUGCCAAGGAUGUCUCUUCCGUUAUUUAAAUUAAAAAAGAAAAAAAAAAGUGUAACUGAAACUUA